CACUAUUUGCCAACAGCCCUUCACCAAUUACCCAGGCUGGUGCUGCUUAGCACCUGGUGGAGGAUGAGGACAUGCCUGGCCCAAGCUUACCUGCCAGGUCCUGAUGGACAGGUCGGCCCACCCCUGGGCAAGGUGCCACCAGCUAAGGCAUAAAAACCUGGAAUCUACCAAGGCAGCUCCGGAGACUAUUGCCAUGAAGGGGAGCAGCACACUCCUGCUGGUGGUCCUCACCUUGUCCUUCAUCUGCGGACUGACGACAGGGGAGGACAACAAUGAGUUUUUCAUGGACUUCCUGCAAACCCUGCUGGUGGGAACCGCAGAGGAGCUCUAUGAGGGGCCCCUGGGCAAGUACAAUGUCAACGAGGAUGCCAAAGAAGCACUGACAGAGCUCAAGUCCUGCAUUGACAACCUACAGCCCAUGCACAAGGCGGAGCUGGUCAAGCUACUGGUGCAAGUGCUGGGCAGCCAGGAUGACGCCUAAGUGGACCUCAGACAGGGCUCCUGACAGCCACAGGACCAGCCACAAAAGUAGCCACAUGCAUGCUGCCUCACUGCUUCUUUACCAUGAAUAAAUUUACCCUUGAACCACUAAAUCAAUAAAGCCUCCUGCAGCCCAA